AUGGCUCCCGUCAAGACUAACGACGUCCUCCAGGUCCCUGCCUAUUCCCAAGACUCUGAAAGUGCCGCCACGGAAAUUUCCUGGUCCCAAAACUUGCGUACCAGGACGGCUCGUUACUAUAUAGUCCAGGCGAAGAACACGUCCCAGAACAAUGAAGACGUUCCUCUUUAUGUCCAGGACCGAUUCUACAAGGAUCAAGACAGCAACGACUUCAUCAGCAAGCUCCCUGGCGCCAAGAGGGAAGGCGACAACUGGGUCGUACCUAUCGGUGAUCGGUUCCAAUAUGGCCAAAGGACGACACUGGCAAGGGCCGCUGGGUUUGUCUCCAUGACAAGGAAAAUAAGCCCUACCAACACCGAUUCCUGGUAA